UAAAUGUGAGCGCUCCCCCCACUCCUGGACCCUUCUCCUCUCCACUCCUAACUGUUAAGGAGAACAACAUCUACAAUGGCCAGAUCCACCACCAAAAAGACUAAGUGCUCCCGAGGACAUCGAAACCCAAGCUCCAGAAAGAAAUCACAUUCCUGCACUGAUUUUAACCGAAAUUAUUCACUCUACAUCCGGAGGGUCCUGAAAGAAGUGGAUCCCCAGAGGAGCAUAUCAUCUGGCACCUUGGACAUCAUGAACUCCGUGAUCAACGACAUCUUUGAGCGCAUUUCUACGCAAGCCUACAAUUUGAUGUGUUUCAGAAAUCGUUGUACCCUCACCCAUGAAGAUAUCCAGAAGGCAAUGUAUAUGCUGUUUCCUGGGAAACGAGCUAAGUACGCAGUGACUUUUGGAAGUGAAGCUGUCCAAAGAUAUGUCCACUCCAAAAACAAUUUACCAGCUUAAUUAAAUCUUGGGGAAAGUAAACCAAACUUACCCAAAAGAUCACUUCAA